AUGGGCGAUUUUAAAGUGGACCCAGAAAACCGCCUAGCGAAAGUGACAGACAUUUGGCCUUUCAGCAGUGAACCAGCAGGUCAGAAGCAUUCUGCUUCUUUAGGAAGAACUGGAAAGAUGAAAGUCCUGUGGACAGCUGAAAGGACAGUGGAUGGAAUGGGAGGUUUUGCAGCAAUUGUUGCAUAUGGAUUAUAUAAAUUGAAGAGCAGGGGCAAUACUAAAGGGUCUAUUCACCUGAUCCACAUGCGCGUGGCAGCCCAAGGCUUUGUUGUGGGAGCAAUGACUCUGGGUGUGGGCUAUUCCAUGUAUCGAGAAUUCUGGGCAAAACCUAAACCUUAGAAGAGGAGAGGCUGUCUUGGUCUCGGUGGCACUUGCUUUAGUUAGACAUCUCAUAUUGAGGUUAUUUGUUUAUGUUGAAAAUAAAUUCUGUGGGUCAGACAAUAACAUGGUAAUUUGAAUACUGGCUCCCUG